AUGUUUGAAACAUUAGUUCUUCGAUCAAUAGAACCAUCUGUAAACUCAUCUUUGAUAGAUGAGCAACAUAUAUUUCGACCAGAUAGAUCAACAGGUACCUGUACUGUAGUUUUCAGUUCAUUUAUCUUUGAUUCGUUCUUAAACAUGCUCAGUGAUACUAUAUACACUGAUUUUACUAAGGUCUUUGACCAAGUAAAUCACAAUAUUCUUAUUAAGAUCUUAUCUAAUUAUGAUUUCGGAGAACCAAUUCUUUCUUGGUUUUCAUCCUAUUUGACAAAUCGUAAACAAUUUGUUAAAUUACACGAUCGUAUUUCCAACAUCAUUAGUAAUUCAUCUGGUGUGCCACAGGGUGCUAUUCUUUCAAUGUUAUUGUUUUCUCUCCUUGUAAAUAGUGCAUCCUCUGUCUUACGUCACGCACACCUUCUCAUAUCUGCCUAUGACAUGAAACUUUUUAUGCGUAUUCUUAAUGAAAAUGAUGCUAGUCUUCUUCUAACCUCAAUCGUUUAG